GACGAACACGUGAUUGUCAAAAAUUAUUCAACAAGAACACACGCGAUCAAGACUCAAAAUCAAUUUGUAAAAUAGUUUAAAAUCUUCUUUGAAAUGGCUUCGGCAUUAGAUCAGUUGAAAACGUUUACCACUGUCGUUGCAGAUACUGGUGAUAUUCAAGCUAUCGAUAAAUACAAACCCACUGAUGGCACUACGAAUCCCUCGCUUAUCUUGGCUGCUUCUAAGAUGCCUGAGUACAAACAUAUCUUAGAAGAUGCUGUGAAAUUCGGAAAAGAGAAUGGAAGCACUGUAGAAGAGCAAGUAACUGCUGCAAUGGAUAAAUUGUAUGUCUCCUUUGGAACUGAAAUUUUGAAGAUUAUUCCUGGUAGAGUGUCAACAGAAGUAGAUGCAAGGUUGUCAUUUGAUGUUGAAGGCUCCAUUGCCAAAGCCAAGAGAUUUAUUGAACUGUACAAGCAGCAGGGGAUUGACAAAGAAAGAGUGCUCAUUAAGCUUAGUUCUACCUGGGAAGGCAUUCAAGCAGCAAGAAUUCUUGAGAAAGAAUAUGGGAUUCAUUGUAACUUGACGCUGCUGUUUUCAUUUGCACAGGCUGUGGCGUGUGCUGAAGCAGGUGUCACGCUGAUUUCACCUUUUGUUGGCCGUAUAUUAGACUGGUAUGUCAAGAAUACAGACCAGAAGUAUGAGCCACAAGAUGAACCAGGUGUGAAGAGUGUGGCAGCUAUCUAUAAUUACUACAAGAAGUUUGGUUAUAAGACUGUUGUAAUGGGAGCAUCUUUCAGAAACACUGGAGAAAUAGUCGAACUCGCAGGCUGUGACAAUCUCACCAUCAGCCCAUCUCUGCUUGAAAAACUUCAAAACUCAAAAGAAACAGUCAACAGAAAAUUGUCAGUCGAAGAAGCACAAAAGUUGGACAUCACAAAAGUGGAACUUGAUGAAAAGAAGUUCAGGUGGCUACUGAAUGAAGAUGCUAUGGCAACCGAGAAACUCGCUGAAGGAAUUAGAAAGUUUGCAGCUGAUGCUGUUAAGCUUGAAGACAUGAUAAAAGAACAACUGCAAGCUGCUUGAAAUUGUGAAGCUAUAUAUUGUAACUGUUAGACAGGUUUUUCAGACCACGAAUCUGGUUUUAGGUUUUUUCUGGUUCUAGGGCAUGCUGCUAUAAUAUAUCAAUCCAAAACCAAUCUGUUAUCACUACUUAUUCUAAUAUGCUUGCAAGAUUAGUAUUUCUUAUACCUGAAUAUGCUACCAUGGUAAUGAAUCUAUAAUGAAUUUGAUUAUUAUGAUUGUGACUCUUUCAUAUAAAUCUGAAUAAACAUGUUCUGCCAUUGA